AGACUUUGAAAUUGUGCCACAUCACUUCUAGAGACUGAGGAGUGUAAAGGCAAAGGUCAGUCAUUGACUAUUAAUGAAAUGAAGAAGUGAGACAGGAGAGAAAAUGACCACCUUGUACCAACUGGAAGGCUCUGUAGGGUAGAGGAAGAGGAGGAUUAAGAAAUGUGGCCCAAGGACAGACUCUGUGUGCUCCACCAGUCCUCUGUGCUGUAGACGUCUGAGGGGGGAUUGUGUGGACAGUCUCAGACGUGUAGAUCAGGUCAUCUUUAGGCCUGUGUCCACUCACAGUUAAGUCCAGUUUAGCCAGACUGACACCUUUUAUGUCCACUUCCCCCUUUGCCCUCUGCUUCCUUCCAUGCCUGUUUGCUCCACUCGUCCUCACAUCUCAUUUUUAUUUCACUCUCUCAUGAACCACUAGCUCAUCUCUGCUUGGUGCCCACUUGACCUCAUCCCAGUUAUGUCCACUUCUCCCUUCUCCAUCUUUCGCAUCUGUCCUUCAUAUCACAUCCCCCUCCAUGUCCUCCUCUUCCUCAUCUUUUGCUAUUUCUUCUUUUUUCUCUUUUUGCUCUCAUGGAAUCCUCAGUGCAGUCAUCCAAUUGACUCAUCUUCAUCUGAAGAUCAAAGUGUUUCCUCGUGACAAAUGUGGCGGCACACCCCCUGCUGUCCAGCUGUCUUCUGUCCACUCCUUUUGUAUUUUGGUCACUCACUCAUUCAUUGGUCAGUCACUGUGACUGGUCCCAUAUCUGAGCAGACUGCAGUAGUUGUGUUGAGUGACCUUGUGGUUUAUAACAACUCUGGUCCUGGUCACUUUGUAGAAAGCAGGUCACUCUGUCCAUAUGUCAUCUAAAUGCUGCUCUUAGUCCCAAAGUCACUGACCUAAGCAAAGCCAUGUGAACUCACCUGCUCGGUGUCCACUAGGAUGGCACCUUGGGCUUCGCUCCUGUCCUUAACAUUUCUUAGUGCCAUUAGGCAGCACUCCACUUGGGGUCCAUAUGUCUAGUGUGAAGAAACUAGACAGUCCAGUGACAGACACCAAAUGAUGAGACCUCAGUCACACAGUCCAGGAUUACCUUGGCCAUAUGACAAAGUGAUCCACUCAGUCCUGCUCCAAGGAUGUCACUGGAGAUCAUCAGGGUCAGCUCAGUCACUGAGUCGCUGUGAGGCCUGAGCCCAUGGGAAGCUGUUGGACCUCCAUUGGUGUGAUUGGAUACGGUCACUGUGGUGUCACUAGAGAGGACUGCAGUGCUGGCCUUCAUCCUCUGAAGUCACCCCAACAAUUCAGAUGGUUUCUGUGUUGAAGCUGUGGCCAGCAGGAGGUGCCAGAAAAUCCCUGUGAGGAUGGAUGAAGCCUCAGGUGAGUCCAGAGGACAACUGAAUGUGACACUGAUGACCACAAACUGGCCCUGGACUGAGUGACUGGAGAAAAUGAAGACUUCUGAGUGUCCACUCUGCCUGUGGUCCAGUUAUCUGUUAGGACAAUCCAGUGUGUGAAAGGCAGUAUAUCUAACAUGAGUGAGUGUCCAGCUCUCAUCAUCUACAGCACUGAGCAGAUUAACCUUUGUGUAGGCUGGACAUGACAUGUGGCCUGCUGACCACCAUUAUUGCCACUGUCAUUGAUGACCAACAUUUGAUCAAAUGUAAAUGUGAAGGCCAAUAAUUGGUAUUAGUCCAGUGAGAGACACAAAAACAAACCAUCUUUACAUUAUAUAGUGCCUUUCCACAGUCACCACAGACCCAAGGCGCUUUAUAAACCAGAGGUGCAGAGAAAGUCCACUGGGGCACCGACAUGGUCAGACGGUCAGUCAGAUUGAACCAGCAUCCCUGGGGGUGGCUGUCCACUGCCUGGUUGACUGAACGAAGUGUCUGUUUGUUUGUGUGACUUUCAUGUGUGUGUUUGUGACAUCUCAUGGUGGACACCAGCAGACCCUCAAGGUCACUCAGUCCAGUCUGUGUUUGUGACAUCUCAUGGUGGAUACCAGCAGGCCCUCAAGGUCACUCAGUCCAGUCUCUUUACUUUAUCAGUUUUCUCCAACAAUCCUGCAUUAUUAAACACAAAUGUAAUGAGCUGUUAUGUGGGUGGUCCGAGGUCUCAGGUUCAAAUCCCUGACUGCUCUGCUGUGCUGUGCCUGUAAAUCUAUGUAACCUGAAAGGCGCUAUAUACCACUAAUGUAAAAAAAAAAUCAAUACAAAAAAUAAAAACCAAUAGAAUGAAAAAAGUAAUUUUGACUAAUCAGGUGGGAGUGUGCGAGAGUGACCAAGUGAGUGACCAGCUCAGAUUUGCACUGGGCUUUGACCCACCGGAAUCAGGGGCCAUCAAGGGUCUGCAGCCCAGAUGGAAAUGUGGUGACCCCUUAAUUCUGCAGGUCCAUUCAUCUCCUCCUCCUCCUCCUCCAUAAUGAGGGUCCCCGUGACAAACUGGACAUCUGCAGCCUUCCAUUGUACACAGGAGGACCAGGAGCUCAAGGGGAGGAGGGUGGCCAUCACUUAACAAGGAAGGUCCUCAGAGCUCAGGUCAUUGUGACAAAAUGAACAUGACAUGAGUGACACUGUGGGUGCAGCGUCCACACGGGGGUCCAGUUAUUGAUGCAGACUCGGAUAUCUAGUCACUUAGAAGUGGAUGGUGUAGGUGUGAGUGAGUGGACCUGUGAUGGACUGGUGUCCCCUUCGGGUGAUCCCCUGCCUUGUGCCCAGUGCUGUCAUGAUAGGCUCCGGCCAUCUGUGACCAGGACUUGGAUUAAAAACAUUUGAAAAUGGCAAGAAAUCAAAAUAACAAAAUAAGAAGAAGAGCAUCAGCUUUAUAACCUGAACCCGUGAACACGAGUGGGGGGCAAAGAGUUUUACACAUCAGGCAGUCGUAUUUCAUGACGUUUUAUAAUAAGAAAGUAGAGUGGCCAUUAAAGUGUCCCUCUCACUUCGUACUCAACACUAAGUGUCACUGACCGCCUGAUGGACUGUGUGGUCCCCUGUUGUCACUGCAAAGACCCUUUGAUUGACCUCAGGGUUGUUGGACUGGCGGGCUGGAAAUUUAGAUUAGCUGAGGUAAACUUUAUGAAUCCCAUGGAGUGUAAAGGGAAUGAACUGGCACUGAACCAGCGUGGCCAUGAACAUUGGAGUGCCAACCAGAAAGUGCGGAGUGCGCAGCUCGUGUUAUGGACAGGCCUAGCGCAGGGUGACACUGUGUCGUGCUGUGUGGUCCUGUGUGGCUCUCUGUGUCUCGUCUGCUCCUGCAGUUUCGUUAAUCUCGCGCAUCUCCUCGGCUCUUUACAGUAAUCGCAGUCUCUUCAGCCUUUUAUAAACCUGAAAGUCCAAUCCCAGUCACUCGCCUGGCCGUCUGUCACGAUGGAGGCUGCGUUUGUCCUGCUCCUCUUUGUCCUUCGUGUCUCCUGAUUUAUAGGCAUAACCAGCUGGGAGGAGACGCCAGGGAAGACCCAGGACUUGCCAAGAGGAUUAAAUCUCCCAGAUGGCCGGGGAACACCUUGGGAUCCCACAGCACGAACUGGCAAGUGAGGCUGGGGAAAAGGACAUUUGGGGGUUACUGCUAAGGCUGUUGUCCCCACAACCCAGCUUUAGAUAAGCAGUGGAAAUUGAAGGAACGGAUGAUUCAAUCAAGGUGGUCUUAGCCCUACUAAAGACCACUCCCUGAAGGUCAAACCUAGCAUGUGAGGUGUCGUUUUAGACAAUUUCAAGAUGCAGGCAGUACUCUCAAUGUCUCUGGACCACCAGCCCUGCUCAUCACUCGUUUCCAGUCGGACAUUCGGCUGCCCUGCUUCUUCAGUGUGACGCCCAGACACAUUGACCCCCAAAGGCUCAGGGUCACCUGGAGACACAAAAAUCACACCGUGGCACACUACAGUGGAAGAAGAAUCGUUCUACUUACUCCACGAAUCUAUCUGGCAAGAGAGAACCUGAAGAACGGAGACGCCUCUCUGCUGCUGAGUCCAGUGGACAUCGAAGACAAGGGUCAUUAUGUGUGUCAGGUGGCGUAUGACCAAGAGAAUCAGGAGGUCACCACUCAUGUGAUGGUCAGAGCUGCCCCUCGGGUCCUCUUCACCCAGGGGCCUGACAGCGUCCUGAACUGCAGUGCCACAGGUUUCUACCCUUCUGCCAUCUCCUUUACAAUUGGGCAGCGUAGUAAGGAGGUGAAAAUGGAGCACCCAGCUGGACAGCUCCUGCCGGAUGGCACCUUCAGGGCAGAUAGCACAGUAAGUGUGAGAGCUUGGAGGGCCGGGAGUGACCCGUUCUACUGUGAAGUCAGACACGAAGCUCUGGAUCAGCCAAUUAGGACACGCCAACAAGAACAUGCCAUUCCAAAGGUCUCUUUCAAGCUGUACUCAGAGGUGGAAAACCUGGAGGACACAGUGCAGUGCAUUGCUACAGGCUUCAAGCCACCUGAAAUCAUAUUCACCAUCUUUAGCUUUAACACUGUUGUGAAGCAGAAGGAGCUGCUGGGUGAGAGCCUGCCAGAUGGUACCUAUGAGGCCAAGCUGGAGUACACCUUCAUGAAAAACCACGAGAACUUCAGGGAGUUGCAGUGCAUGGUGACUCACGCCUCGAUGGAUGAAUCAAUCCGAAAGCACCUCAUAGUUCCUCUGACCAUCGCAUUGCAGAAUCGAGCUGAGCUGGACAAGGUGUCAGACAUGAUCUGUGUGGCCGAGCGCUUCCUCAACCCCGUCGAGUACUUUGUCUGGAGGAAAGGAGAAGAAGUUGUUUACUCAGAGGCAGCACCCAAAGGACAGAUGCCCGAUGGCACCUACACAGCAGUCAGCUGGUACCGUUUCACUCCAAGCAGCCGUGAUCAAGUGUCCUGUGAGGUUCAGUACCAGCACACUAAGACAACUAGGAGAUAUGUGACAUAUACUGGUCAGUCCUUCACGGAGCUGUUCAUAGUUGGCAUAGUCAUCCUUGGCCCCCUGCUCCUCAUCCUCAUUAUCAUUUUAUGGCACUCCUCAGUGUUCCUCUCACCUAUCGUCCCUGAGAAGAUGAUCUACGAUGAGCCUGGCAUGCUGACCUGCAGUAUGUCUGGUUGGUGCCUGCGCAUGGUCUCUAUAAAAUGGUUCCUGAAUGAAGAGGAGAUCCAGCUGGAUGCUGAGGAGGAUGAGGACAAGGAUGAGGAUGAUGACAACAUGUGGGAGAGCCAAAGUGACAUGUCUGGCUACUCCAUGAAGAGGGGCCACAUCAGCAGGAAGGGCUGCUGUAAGGCCGAGACUACCAUCAGCCUUAAGUUCACUCCCACUGAGUCCGAGCAUGAGGACAGGGCCUUCAAGUGUCAGGCCACCCACCGAAUGACCAGGAAGCGGGUGGCACGAGUGCUAGUCUUUGAGAGUGAAGGGCAAUGAAGCAUAUGACCUUCAACCCCAGGAGCCUACCCUACUUGAAAGCAAGUGUCUUGACACUGCACACUGGACCAGGGGCUUUGCCUUCCUCAUACAGUAUGUGCCUGCUAUCUUGGCAGUCCAGAAAGUGUGUCCUGUUGGGUCCAGGAAGCAGAAGCCAUGGAUCACUGUUUGCAGUCUUGAAGUCAUGGACAGAUAAAUGGUGGCCGGCCGAGGAGCUGUCCAGGUGCAAGAAGAGGACACUGUGUUGUUGGACGGCGGCUGUGUAUAUAAAAACGGAAAGCUUAACUCUG